AUGCGCUCCGGUCUGUUUAGUGCAGAAGGACUUGCAAAGGAGCCCCCCAGUGGAUUUGAGAAGAUAACGGAGGGGACUGCAGCGGUGUUAUUCCCGCCAGCAAAUAUCAAGAGUUCCUCGGGGACUCAGCGAGAAGGAGGCCCCACGGAACGUCAUGGAGGAGAGCAUGAGGCCAGUCACGAUUGGCGUCACCACCGCAAUAAAGAUAGUAAUAAUGGUGAAGAUGAUGACGGCCAGGCUGUCUUCUACAACCCUGCGCAGGUGGUCAAUCGGGAUUUGAGUGUCUGCGCGUUGGCGUGUUUUUCGCACUUGCGCCGUGACGAGCCUCGCCGCAAGGGCGGCACGCGCAACGGUAUCACUAUUCUUGAGGCGCUGAGUGCGACCGGCCUUCGCGCCAUCCGCUACUACAAGGAGAUCUCUGGAGUCCGCUUCAUCAUCGCUAACGACCUGGAUGCCGACGCUGUAGAAUGCAUCCGUCGUAACUGUGAGUUCAACGGCGUACCCUGCAUCCAGCCGACACUGGCAGCAAACUUCCCACCAGAUGGUGUCCGUGUGGAUGAGGUAACUGGAACCAUUGAGGCAGGUGGAGCAGUGAUACCAAACCUAGAUGACGCGAAUGAUUUGAUGUUUCGUCUGGCCACAAACCCUACUGUGUACGCUGGAUGCCGUCUCUGUGUGGUGACGUCCGAUACGACAAAACAUACGAGUACUAGUGUCAAUGGUAGUGGUGAGGGUAUCCGUUUAGAGGAGACCCGACCGUUACUGCAACAGGAGCUGAUGGAUGUUGUGGACCUUGACCCAUACGGCUCAGCCUCCCCAUUCUUGGAUGCUGCUAUGCGCUGUAUCAAGGAAGGUGGACUACUGCUUGUGACUAGCACGGACAGUGCCAUUUUGUGUGGAAACUACCCAGACACAUGCCACGCCAAGUACAACACCAUUCCUUCAAAGAACGCCGCCUGCCAUGAAAUGGCUGUGAGAAUUUUGCUUGCUGCUUUGGAGCGUGUCGCCAAUAAACAGCGUAAGUAUAUUGUGCCAUUACUCUCGCUACAUAUUGAUUUUUACGUGCGGUGCUUUGUUCGUGUCUACACGCAACCAGCGGAGGUAAAGCUAAGUCCAUGCAAAUUGGGAUAUAUGCUACAGUGUAGCCAUUGCCCAGCGUACUGGGUGCGUCCAAUGGCAGUUGCUCGUAUGCGAUCCAAGAAACGUGUACGAAAGGAAAACAUGAUGCCGAGCAACGACCUUCCAAAGAAUUUUUGUGGAAAUGAUAAUAAUAAUGGUAAUAAUAAUGGUAUAGAUAAUAAUAAGACCAGCGGAAUGGAGAAGGAUGUGUUGGAAGGUAAUUCUGAUGCAUUUGGGCGAGAGUGCUUUCCCGCAGCUCCGAUGAGGCAGGGCAAUCCAAAAAUUACCGCUUUUAAUUUGCAGCACAUGCCAUCCUGUGUGGAUACGCGCUGCUGCAAGGUGUGUGGUGCUUUUCUGACCUUGUCGGGUCCAAUUUACGCUGCCCCAACACAGUGUGUGUCCUUUCUCUCACAGCUUCUGCAUGAAGUGGAGCAGCGUGGGGCAGCGAAACAGAUUACGGCAGGGGCACGCGUGUCUGGUCUGGUGCGGCUGGCAAUGGAGGAGUUGCCUGAUACCCCGCUAUUCUAUCAGAUUCCCGACAUUGCCUCCUUUGUGAGGGUGCGGUGCCCACCUACGCCGCUCUUUGUGGGCGCAUUGGGACGAAUGGGUUAUCGUUGUAGCCAAGUUCAUUGUGCCCCAUCAGGAAUCAAAACGGACUGUCCUCCAGAAGUUCUUGUUCGCGUGAUGCUUCAAUGGAAAAAGCUGCAAGAAGAGGCAUCUAAUGGUGUUGUAAAAGACAGUUAUGAGUGGGAGAAGGCGCCUGCAUCUGCAUCUAGCGUUCCAGCAACGACAGCUGUCAAAGGUGCGCAGGAAGCGAAUUCCAGAGGACGAGGCGUGAGUGCUCACGUGUCGCUGCUGGAGCCACUUGCCGAUGCAGACUUCUCAUACGACCGACAGUUUGAUUUCCGCGGCGGCGUAACGGGUGUGGCAAAGUUUAUUCCAAACGCGCCUAACUGGGGACCGAAGCGACGUCAUCAGGGCGCAAUGCACGCUGACGAUGGUAAUGAUGAUGUGUAA